AUGGCCGACAGCGAAAUGGACAUCGAUCAGCAGCCCCAGCAAGACGAGCAGGAACAGCAGCAACCACAAGAUGAAGGCCGCUCACCCUCUCCAUCUCAGUCACCCGAAGCUAAGCGCAACGCCCCUACUGGACCUGAGACACGCACUUCCACUGGAGCUGUGGCCGUUCGCUCCAUUGAAGGCUGGAUUGUCAUGGCCACCAAUGUCCACGAAGAGGCCAGUGAAGAGGAUCUUCAAGAGCUGUUUGGCGACUACGGCGAGAUCAAGAACCUGCACAUGAACCUGGACCGCAGAACCGGUUACGUCAAGGGCUACGUCUUGAUCGAAUUCCCCACACUAGACGAAGCAAAGGCUGCCGUCGAAGGAGCAAACGGUACCAAGUUGCUCGACCAGACCAUCUCUGUCGACUUUGCCUUUGUGCGCCCACCCCUGCUAAGAGCAGCAACCAGUCGCGUGGUGGCCCUGCUCGUGGCGGAAAGUCCAGAAACAGAAGCAGAAGUCCUGGCGCCCGCAGAGAUGACGACGACGAGGAUAUCGAGUAGAGAUCGAAAAGAACCGAGCAAAAGGACUUGA